CUACAACAUUCAGUUUCUUUUCGACGGCAUAUAUUAUCGGCAGAAUGAUGGGGUCGCAAUGGGGUCCCCACUCGGACCAGUGCUGGCAGAUAUUUUUCUUGCCAAACUAGAAACUGAAUCACUGGGGCCACUUAUAGAUUGUUUCGACCAUUACUAUCGUUAUAUGGAUGACAUUUUCUGCAUAACCCAUAAAGAUAUCUCUCUGGAGGAUAUAUUGGCAGAGUUUAAUGGUGCGCACCCGGCGAUUAAGUUCACCUACGAACUUGAACAAGAUGGCCAACUCUCAUUUCUGGAUGUACACCUUAGUAGACGAACUGACGGUUCCAUAUUAAGGAAGACAAACAGAAAGAAGACGUGGACAGGUCAGUAUACAAAUUUCAGUAGUUUUGUACCGCUUAAAUACAAGCGUAACUUAGUACAUUGUCUCACCUCAAGGGCGAGAAAGAUAUGUUCAGAAGACGCUCUGGAGGAUGAGAUGAAAUCCAUCCAGAACACUUUGCGUGAAAAUGGUUAUCCAGAAAGAUUCAUUCAGCGCAACAUGCAGCCCAAAAUAACACCG